AUGCUACAAGAGGAAUUUGAUGAAGCAAUUCGCUCUAUUGCUUGUGUUGAGGAUAUUAUUUCCGCUAUGAAUGUCAAAAAGCCUAUGUUGUUCGACAGAUUGUUGAUUUUGCGCAACCGCUAUCUUUCUGUCGAGGUUAAUUUGCGAGCUAUUGAAGGCAUGAAGUUGGAUGGUGAGGAAAUGUUAUUCAAAUCUGAGAAACUUCAUGCAGAGUUGUCCAACCGGUGUCGUGUGGCUUUAGAAUGGAUAAUGGUGUUCGAAAAUCAACGGUCGCUCUUGGAGGAUGACUAUGAGGUGUGUGUUCGAGAGAACCAGGUUGUCUGGGCUCAACUUGUUAUUUGA